AUGCCACCAUUGCGCAUACGUGAUUUUGUUCUGCAACGGUCAUGGCUGGAUCUCGGUAACGAAAAAUACAUCUGCAGUCAUUCGAUAUGCCACGAGAAAUAUCCACCAGCAAAAGGAUACAUCCGUGGUACUGUAUACUUGGCAGCAUAUUAUAUACUGGACUUAGGAAGUAAAGGCUGUCAGGUCACAUACAUCAAUCACUCAAAUCCAAAAGGUAAAGUACCGACGUGGCUGAUCAAUCGAUUAACUAAAGUAAUCGGGCCAAAAUUCAUCAAGCGGGUACAUAAGGCCUGCUUAAAUUAUGAAAAUUGGAAACAGGACAACCGGCCAAACUGGAAGCCGUGGAUCUAUCCAGAGCAACAGGUCAGUGCAACUAAAAAUGUCUAUCUGUUCUGUUCGAAGAAAUUUCUCGGAAGUCAUCUGUCUGGUACUCUAUGA